CCGGCUCGAGUUUGCAAGUCUGCAUGCGACGCGAACAAACCUAUAGAAACACAAACUAGAAUGGUAUAUAUCUACUGAGUUGUAACCUGUUCUGGUUACAUUCUCAAUCUUAUUGAGAGAUUGAGAUAAAAGUUACCUUUGUAUAAAUAGGAGUAUAAUGGUGAAAUACUAUGAGAACACGACAAUUUUUAAAUUUGAUUGGACUCAAGUUGUUCGAGGAUUUUUUCAGAGAUAUCCAAAUCCACACAGUUCACAUGUACUUACUGAAGAUACAAUUUCAAGAGAAAUUAGAGAUGGAAAGCUUUAUUCAAAAAGGCUGUUGACAAAAACUAACAGAGUACCUAAAUGGGGUGAAAGAUUUGUUAGCAAAAAUGUUGUCAAAAUUAUAGAAGAGAGUAUUGUUGAUCUAAAAGCAAAAACUUUAACAACAUAUACAAGAAAUUUGGGAUAUACCAAAGUUAUGAGUGUAGUGGAAAAAGUAGUUUAUCAGAUUUCUGAAGAAAAUCCAAAAUGGACAGUCGCCAAGAGAUCAGCAUGGAUUGAUAGUCAAGUUUUUGGCUUUAGUAGAGCUAUUCAAGCAUUUGGUUUAGAUCGGUUUAAAAAAAACUGUGUCACAAUGUCUGAAGGCUUUAAUUAUGUUCUUACAAAUAUGUUUCCUCACACAGCUCAGUUAAUAAACCCAAAUCUCUCUCAGACAAGUUUCUCCAUGCAAGCUGGCCAUAAUAGUACAGAUGAUGGUGCUAAAUCAAGUAUUACAGGAGAUUUGCAGUAUUCUUUACAGGGUAAAGCAGAGAAAAUGAAAGAUGCUGCUAAAAAAGCUACAGAUUUAGCUAAACAAAAGGCAAGACCACUAUAUGCAGCUUGUCAAUCACACCAAUCUUAAAUUAAUAUAUUGCUAUUCGAGAUAUGUUGGUAUCAUAAAAUGAGAACAUUCUUUUGUAAAGAAAAAACAGUUAAAACAUGAA